AAUAGGUCCCACUGCUUAUAAACUAUAAAUUCUCGGCCAUAAAGGAGUUAUAAACCCUUUACAUUAAUUAUGUUUCCAACUAUGUCGACGAGACUAAUUAUGUAUAAAUAUAAAUCAUACCUGUACUAUACAUAUUUGUUUUUAGUUCUCUGCAGGAACCUGCAUUCUGACAGAAAUCCCUCCGGGGGGAAACAUGGCGCCCGAUUCGCUCAGCGGAGCGUUGUACGUUUUCCGUUUGCGUUUUGCAAAUUUCUCCUUUUACUGCGUUUCUUGUUUUUUUUUUAAUUGAGGUAUAUUAUGUUGUAUGUUUUAUGAGGAGUUCUUCUGCAGAGCGCCACUGUCAUCGUGUGUCUUCUUGGAUGCGCCACUAAUGAUUAAUGCCUGGUUUCGCCGGGACAUGAAGAACGCACGGGCCCCAAAUGAUGAGUCUCUUUGUUUCUGGCUGCUGCACUAAUUAAUUAUGUACAAGAGCGAGUAUCGGUGAGCAGCUGAUCGAGGAGCUGGCGGGCACCAGGCAAAAGGCACAGGUCCGAGCAGGUUGCCCUGAGGAACGCCACCCCUGGGAAUCCUCCACGGAUCGUGGGAGAAACUGUGGCCAGUCACACUGCCGGGCUGCCCAAAAUUGCGCCUCAGACAGCCAACAGUUCAAGCACAAGCGCCCAGCAUGUGACCAGGCCUUCCAUUCGUCCGCUGCUCUGAAGCAGCCCCCACGAAUCCACCGGGGCUGAGAUGGAGCAGCACAAACAGGUUCAUGCCCCCUUCCGCUGCCAUCUGUGCGACUAUGCCACAGCCAGCACCAGGCAACUGCGUGAACACCACCGAGGGCACCGUGGUUCCCGUGGCACCCAGGGAGGUGGAGAGAGUAGCAAGAUGGAGUCUCGAGGUGAAGGGACAGUGCCCCUUGGAGGUGAGCAGGCAGGCAUAGCUGGUGCAGAGUCGCAGGAGGAGCAGCUGGAGGUGGAUGGGGAAAGUGUGGAGCAGCAGCACUCUGGUAAAGGAGGUGGUGAAGAGGAGCACGUGGAGGAAACCACUGCUGGCAGCGACCCCAAGGACUACCGCUUCAAAGGUCACGUGGCCGAAGGCACAGAGCACUUGUACCGCACGCACAUGUGCCCCGAGUGCCGCCGCUGCUUCAAGAAACGCACGCACCUCCUGGAGCACCUGCACCUGCAUUUCCCAGACCCCCAGCUGCAGUGCCCCACCUGCCAGCACUACUUCACCAGCAAGAGCAAGCUACGCAUCCACCUGCUGCGGGAGGCAGGACAGAAGCCACACCGCUGCCACCUGUGCCAGUACGGCGCUGUGGAACGCAACUCCCUGCGCCGGCACCUGGCCAGCGUCCAUGGCGGGGAGGGUGCGGAUAGCCUUGGUCCCUCUGAGGAGUACCCGUGCCCCACCUGCGGCGAGCGCUUCCAGCAGAGCCAGGCGCUGAAAGCCCACAUGAAGAGCCACCGCAGCGUGAGCCGACAGCCCCUGCGCUGCUUCCAGGAGGGCUGCGGGUUCCAGGGGUCUGACAGGAGGAUGCUGCAGCGACAUGCCCGCGAGGCUCACGGCGUCAAGGCCGUGCAGUGCCGACAUCACGCCUGCGGCGCCUUCUUCGCAAAUCAGGAGGCUAUGGAGAUGCACCGGCGCACGCACCUUGCCUUCCAUUGCCCGAACUGCGACUUCUCCUGCUCCAACAAGAGCGCCUUCCAGCGCCACAAGCGCCAGGGCCAUGCUGGCACCCUCGAGCUGCGCUGCGCCUUCUGCCCGUUCUCCACAUUCAACCCCGUGGAGUUCGAGGAGCACAUCAGCCGCCUGCACGCCAACGAGAAGACGCAUCGCUGUGCGCAGUGUAACUUCGUCACGGCUCACAAGCGAGUGCUCGGCCGACACAUGCUGCUGCACAGCGGUGAGAAGCCCCACAAGUGUAAGCUGUGUGACUUCAGGUGCAGAGAUGAAACAUACCUGUCCAAACAUAUGCUGACACACUCCGACGACAAGAACCACAUGUGCGCCGAAUGCGGUUACGUCACCAAGUGGAAGCAUUACCUGAACGUGCACAUGCGCAAACAUGCCGGGGACCUCAGGUACCGGUGCGACCAGUGUCCGUAUCGCUGCCACCGCGCUGACCAGCUGAGCAGCCACAAGCUGCGGCACCAGGAGAAGUCCCUCAUGUGCGAGGUGUGCGCUUUCUCCUGCAAGCGCAAGUACGAGCUGCGGCGCCACAUGGAGCUGAAACAUGCCAGCGGGGACGUCCAGGCUCCACUCUUCCAGUGCAAGUACUGUCCGUACGGCACGCAGUACCGACAGGCGCUGCGCAACCACGAGAACUGCAAGCACACGCGUCACCGCGAGUUCCGCUGUGCGCUCUGCCAAUACAUCACCUUCAGCAGCACGAGUUUCUUUCUGCACAAGAGGAAGGCACACGGCUACGUCCCUGGGGACAGGGCAUGGCUGGACAGCUAUGCUGAGAGGGAGAGGGCAAAUGGGGGCUUUGGUUCGGACCUGCUGCGCGAUCUCUCGGGGGAACAGGCCGCACCCACGGCGACGGAGGCUGAGGACUCUAGGGCCGCAGACUUUGGAAAAGCAGCCGAUUUGACGCGAAAUGAGCGUCUCGGGGAAGGCGGGGGAGCAAUUCCAGCCAAUGGAGCCACUUCCAGUGGAGAAUGUCAAGUGGUGUCCCUGAGCGAAGCCUCAGUUCUUCAGCGAAUGGAUGAUGCAGGCGAGUGCUGUACUUUAGUGUUGACCACCGUGGCAAAUAUGGAGAGCGCGGGUGCAGCAUCCACACCAGGACACUCUGACUGUGAGGGACUUGCAGAUUUGCAACGGUCCUUCCAGGAACCCAGAGGGUCUCCAGCACGUGAUGUGUGUUGCAGAGUGAGUGGAGUUGAGGAGGAUGAAGCGGUGAUGGUGCACGGCGUAGGCCCGAGCGAUGGGGAAGAGAGCGCCGGAGCACCGGAGAUGCUGACCUGGCAGGCCUGCGAAGACGACCGGCCUGGGGACAAGGCGGUAGGUGCAGGGGAGUCCUCCCCACCCGAGUCCCGUCUGAUGGCCUUACGGAGGCAGGACAAGGAGCAGGUGGACGCCCUGGUGCUUGAGGGCCGCGUGCAAAUGCUGGUGGUAGAGGCCAAAGACCGGACACAUCGCUGUGACCGUUGUGACUUCGCAACGCACAGGCCGGCGUCUCUGGCGCAGCACCGCAGGUCGUGUCGGGCUAGACGGUCCGCCCUCCUGUGCAAGGACUGUGGCGCGGAAUACAAGCAGCAGCGUGGCCUGGAGACCCACCGGCUCAGGAAGUGCCCCGUCCUCCUGAAGAAGAGCAGGCGCUUCCCUGCCCGGCUCACACUUGACCCACCAACCCAGGAUCAGGGGGAGCCAGGGAAUGAGUGUAUGGCGGUGCCUUCGGGCAGCAUCAGUGUUGGUGAGACCAUCUCCAUGGAGCGUGAGCUCAACGGGGAGGGCGUGCAGAGCAGCUUGGCUGAAGCCCUCGGGACCUCCUGGGAAAAGAAAGACAACUCGGCCGAGGGAAGGCGAAGGACUGCUGGGACGGCGGCGAAGGACCCGGCUUCUGCAGUCACGUCCCCGUCGGGAACAGUAGAAAUGCAGGGCUACUCUCAGGUGGACGGUAGGUUCGAGUGCAGGAGGUGCCCCUUUUCCUCCCGCAGGCUUGCCACUAUCGAGCGCCAUCGCAUCAGCUGCGCCAAAGCCGCCCCAAAGCCAGAGCAGCGCAAGGAGGCAAUAGCCAUUGGGUCCCCGGAGGACGCUGAUACCGACGGGGAGAGGGAGGAUGAAGAUGAGGAUGUUGGGGAGAUCGUGGAGGAAGCACAGAAGGAAACAAAAGGAGGCCAUCGCUUCUCCUGUUUCAGCUGCCCCUUUGUGUGCCACCAGGAGAGAGCGCUGGAGAGCCACCGCAGGCGCGGCUGCCUGAAGCCAGACGAGAUGCAGUGUGAGCGUUGCUCCUUCGUGGCCAAGUCGCACAAAGCACUGAGCCGCCACGCGCUGCUGCAUAGUGGGAAGAAACCCCUCCGAGGGGCAGCACCAGGGGGCAAGAGGGAACGCCUGCAGUGCCAGCUGUGCCCGUUCACAUGUAAACAGGACCGCUGCCUGGCGCAGCACGUUGCCCUGAGGCACGAGGGAGUGCGUCCACACCGCUGUCGCUUCUGUGGCUUCAGCACCACGCGGCGCUACCGCCUUGAGGCGCACGAGUCCCUGCACACGGGCGUGGGGCGCCUUCCCUGCCGCCUGUGCGAGCGCACCUUCGGCACCACGUCCAAGCUGCGGCUGCACGAGCGGCGCGUACACGAGCGCCAGCCCACACACUUUUGCUCGCUGUGCGACUACGGCGGCUAUGGGCCCAGCGAUGUGGCUCGCCACACGCUCAGCUGCCACGUGGGGGCGCCGUCACACACCUGCGAUCUCUGCGGGGUCAGCUUCAGCUCCGACGCAGCCCUGAAGCAGCACCGCCGACGACAACACCGGGAACCUGACAGCCUCUCCUGCCCCCACUGCGAUUUCACCUGCUCUGGCCGGGCCACCCUGAUGACCCACCUGCGUCAGCAGCAUCCCCGGCUUGAAUGCGCCACCUGUAGGGCCGAGUUCCCGAGCCGAGAGACCCUGGAGGAGCACCGCCAGACUCACCUGGCCCAGCGCUGCCCCGUAUGCCCAUUCGCUGCCCGCGGGAAGCAGACGCUGGCCCAGCACCUGCUGGACGAGCAUGAAGAUGGCCCUGCGGAGGACAAGGUGCUGCGAUGCGCCGCCUGUGACUUUGCCUGCCGCCACCGCCUCGUGUUCGAGCAGCACGUUCGCUCCCAUGGUGGCGCUCGCCUCUACCGCUGCACCGACUGCCGGUAUUCGACCCGUAGCCAGCAGAAGAUUACCUGGCACAUGCGCAUUCACACAGGGGAGAAGCCAUACCACUGCGAACUAUGCAGCUACGCCUGUGCAGAUCCCUCGCGCCUCAAGUAUCACAUGAGGAUUCAUCAGGACGAGCGCAAGUACCUCUGCCCAGAGUGCGGCUACAAGUGCAAGUGGGUGAACCAGCUGAAGUACCACAUGACCAAACACACGGGUGCCAAACCAUACAUGUGUGAGGAGUGCGAUUACCGCACCAACCGGGCUGAUGCCCUGCGGGUGCACCGUGAGACGCGCCACCGUGAUGCCCGACCCUUCAUUUGUGAAAAGUGCGGCAAGGGCUUCAAAACACGCUUCUUGCUGCGGACACAUCAGCGCCGACACAGCGAGGCACGCCCCUACGUGUGCCGGCUGUGUCGCCGGGCGUUCCGCUGGCCCGCAGGUUUACGACAUCACUUCCUGACUCACACCCAACGCCAACCCUUCCACUGCUGCCACUGCCCAUACCGAGCCCGCCAGCGCUUCCAGGUGCUCAAACACAUUCGGCGGCAUCACCCGGAACAGCCGCCGGAGCAGGGCGUGGGCCGCGACCCAGGCCCACACACUGUGUCAUUGCACGAGGCUCGCCUGGAGCUAAGAGAAGAGAUGGGGCCAGAGACUGAACGGACACAGGUAGGGGAGGAGCAGGAAGCAGGGCCAGAGACAGAGCAGGUCCACCCAACACAUUUCCCUCUCCCACUUGAAAAUGUCUGCCACACAGUCCAGCUUUGAGCCAUAUAAGCCAAGAAGCAAACCAGUGGAAGCUGCUAGUCUGUGUCUGUACUUCAAAAAACACUACCCUAUGUGAAUUUAUUGGAAAAAUAUAUUUUAAGGAAAUAAAACCAUGUGUAUACAAUACUCAAAAAAAAAAAAAGACAAGAUUUUAUGAAAUUGCAGUACUCAGCUGCGACUGAAAACUAAAGUGGUGGUUUACUAUCUGUACAUGAUGCAUUUAUACAUGUGAAAAUAAAACAGUAAAGGCAG